CUGUCACUUGUCGAAUGUGUCAAAUUCGCUGCAUCGCAAAAACACGACCUGGUGGUUAGCGGAGGCAAGUUUCCGCUGCUCAUAGUGCUUUCUUUUACCAUUUUUCACUUAUUUUCCUUGGAAAAUUGUAAUUUUUAUACGUUCAAGUCUAUCCUUGUGAUCAAUCGUGGUGAUGUGCACGCAGUGAUCCGGCUAUAGAAAUGAUAGAACACGAGCAAUCAACCACCAACAUCACGGAUAAUAAGGUUAUUGAUCACGAGGAGUUUCUCAAUCGCAUAAAAAAGACCCUUUACUAUGGAUCGCCUACGGUGAAGUGCACAAAGAUUAGCCGCCCGCUCGCUGACUAUGCUGCGGACAUUUUCUCCGAAUCACAUCGCGGCCAUUCGCUCAGCCGACUGAACUUUGUUACGGUGGGCAAUCUGACGGUGACGCCCUGUUCGCUCAUUCUGGCCAUGAUCUAUCUGGACCGGUUGAAUGUCGUUGAUCCGGCUUACGCGAGACGCAUUACCCCAUCAGAGCUAUUUAUAGUGUCAAUGAUGGUGUCGACAAAGUUCUACAGUGGUUACGAUGAGGACGUCUAUCUAAGUGCCUGGGCCGAUUCCGGAAGUAUGUCGGUUGAUCAUAUUAAAGAGCUGGAGCUCGAAUUUCUUGAUGCAAUAGGAUGGAGAGUGUACGUAUCAAACCACGAGUUUUUCGAAAAGCUCAAAUCAGUUGAGAAGGUGCUCGCCAAGCGACAGGGCUCGGCACGUGGUUGGCUGACGUAUACCGAGCUGAUCAACUUCCUCCCGACGAUGACACUGGCCAAGCAGAUCCUCAACUACAGCACCGUUAUUGCAUUGAGUUACACCGCUAGCGUUAUGACUAUCGCAGGGGCCUUCUUCAUAGCUAGUAACAUUAACGUACCUGGCAAUCUCCUGUUCCGUGGAACGGCUACUACACAGCAAACACAAAACUCCACCGUUAGCUCUACUGGCGACGGCUCCGGUUGUGCUGCUAGUGAUCCGUCCACCGCGAUGCAACAGCACAAUUGCACCAACGAAUGCCCAGUAGCGGUUUCGGAUCUCUCGGAAGAACAAUCUCUUCUACUAAAAGACUGCGAAUGCUCCCUGCAAAUGGCGAUCAACAGCGCUGAACUGUUAAAUCAUGCAACUUACUUCAAUGGAUCACAUUCAAAGUACAAGGCUGACAUCCAACCCCUUCCAGAGCUGCAUUUGGCUCCAGUUAUACGCAAAUAUGGCGCUACUGUCAGCUGGAAGAACUUCCGCUUUCUUUAUCCUCUGAACAAUGGAGGAAAUGACGAUGCUGAAAGCGGUGACGACGGAGAAGAUGGAAACGAGACUGAACCGCUAUCGUUGGGAAUCGACCAUGGCAACCGUAAUUGUACCUACGAUGAAUUCAUUCCACUUUUGGCCGCAUAUGGGACGAGCUCGCAGUGUGAUCUGGCGGAAGAACGCAGACAGCAAUCGGCGGGGCUUGUUUACGAGAGCUACAAACGAACAUUCGAAAUGUUUAGCUCUUUUCUGAAAUUUUUGUAAUCAACAAAAAUUCGUCGUUCAAAAAUGAGCAAACGUUAAUUAUGCGUUCUUAUUUCCCUCAUAAUCAAAACUUUUUAUGAUUUGUUUUUAUUAACAUUUCCAGUAAGAAAAAAUACUAACUCUAUACUAUCAAAUACCCCUAGUUAAGUUGCAUCGAAAAAAAAUCACUACUCUCCUCAAUACUGUUGUGGGCAACAAAUGAUAAAAAAAGUAUAUCAAAAGUACCUUUUUGUAACAAUUCCAUUUUUUUCGGUAUACAUUCAUUAUUAUUCUGAAUUAAAUUGAUACCGUUUCCAAUUAGUUUUACAUUUAUUUUGAAACAAAUUACGAAAACAUUGAAAACGAUUAAUUGCGCACCGUAAAUUAUUUUAUUUAAUAUUUGAAUUUCUAAUAAAAUAUUUAUGUUUUCUGCAA